AGGAAAAGGAAGACCCCAUUGAAAAAGGAAAACAGAACAAACAGAAGAAAAAAAGCGACACUUUUUUCUUUUCUUUUUCAUUGUCCAAUUACGUCGCCAUUUGCCCCAUUUUCCAUUGAUCCGCGUUUUCUUGCAAAAUCAAAACACAACGCAACCCUUACUCGUUAAGCUACACAAAAACAAUAAACAAAACCCCCAACAUUUUCUUCCAUUUCAAUUAUUCUCAUCUAAACCCCCUUUCUCUUUCAAAUCGUGUUAGUUACAGAGUGAGAACUGAGUUCCUUACUGAGCUCGGUGGAAAAAGGAGAGUCUCGAAGAAAAAGGCGUAACCGCCAACCAUGGCUAGGGUUAGCGAGAACUGGGAGAGGCUGGUUCGAGCGACGCUCACCAGGGAGCAGCUGCGAAAUGCUGGACCUGGACACGGCAGAACCGCUAGCGGCAUCGCCGGUGCGGUUCCGCCGUCGCUUGCUCAGACCACGAACAUUGACCUUAUCCUCCAAGCUGCCGAUGAGAUUCAAGCCGAGGAUCCUAACGUCGCCAGGAUCUUGUGUGAGCAGGCUUAUACCAUGGCUCAGAAUCUUGAUCCCAGCAGUGAUGGCAGGGGAGUUCUUCAGUUCAAGACUGGUUUAAUGUCUGUUAUUAAGCAAAAACUUGCUAAAAAGGAUGGGGCCAGGAUUGACCGCAAUCGUGACAUUGAGAACUUAUGGGAGUUCUAUCAGCGCUACAAGCAACGACAUAGAGUGGAUGACAUCCAACGGGAAGAGCAGAGAUUACAAGAAUCGGGAACUUUUAGUUCUACACUGGAUGAGUUGAGGCUAAGGGCAUCAGAAAUGAAAAAGGUUGUUGCCACACUUCGUGCCUUGGUGGAUGUCAUGGAAUCACUUAGUGACGAUGCUGAUCCCGGUGGAGUUGGAGGCCUCAUUAAGGAGGAGUUGAGAAAAAUAAAAUCUUCGAGUACGACGUUAACUGGAGAGCUGACGCCAUAUAAUAUUGUUCCUUUGGAAGCACCGUCAUUAACCAAUCCUAUCAGAAUCUUCCCAGAGGUUAAAGGUGCAAUAUCUUCAAUUAGAUAUACUGAGCAGUUUCCUAGACUUCCUUCUGGAUUUAAAGUAUCUGGACAGAGGGAUGCAGACAUGUUUGAUCUUUUGGAGUAUGUUUUUGGUUUCCAGAAAGACAAUGUAAGGAACCAGCGUGAAAAUGUUGUGUUAAUGAUAGCAAAUGCACAAUGUCGACUUGGCAUGCCUACCGGAACUGAUCCAAAAAUAGAUGAGAAAGCGAUAAAUGAAGUCUUCUUGAAGGUACUAGAUAAUUAUAUUCGAUGGUGCAGAUACUUGCGAAUGCGACUUGCUUGGAAUAGUUUAGAGGCAAUUAACAGGGAUAGGAAACUUUUUUUGGUUUCCCUUUAUUUUCUUAUUUGGGGUGAAGCAGCAAAUGUUCGCUUUCUCCCUGAGUGCCUUUGCUAUAUAUUCCACCAUGUAAGUCUUUAUGUGGCUCUUUUUUUUUUUGGUGACUCUUUAUGUGGCUCUUUAAUUUGGUACUUCGUUGCCUCUGCUAGAAUUAUUUACUGCAAAAGAUCUGGUUCAAAAUACAUCAGCUUCAUUGAGCCUGGACAGAACAAUGAUCAGCUAAUACAGCUGUCAUCAACUAACUUAGCCUUGUAUGAUCUUGUAGAGUAUGUUCCUGUGGACAUUGUUUGGCUUGGAGACAUUGAUACUGGCAAAAGCAGUUUUGUAGAGCAUAGAACGUUUCUGCACUUGUUUCGAAGUUUCCAUCGGCUUUGGAUCUUCUUGGCAUUAAUGUUGCAGGCAUUGACAAUAAUUGCUUUCAAGGAUGGAGAUCUCGAUCUGGAUACUCUUAAAACAGUACUUAGUAUUGGGCCGUCAUUUGCAAUUAUGAAUUUUGUCAAGAGCAUCCUGGAUGUGUUGCUUACAUUUGGGGCAUACAGCACCGCAAGGGGAAUGGCUGUCUCAAGGCUAAUCAUAAGGUUUUUCUGGGGUGGCUUGACUUCCACGGCCAUAACAUAUCUUUACUUGAAGGUUUUGCAGGAAAGGAAUAGUCGUAACGCAGACAAUUCAUUUUAUUUCCGGAUAUACAUUCUUGUACUAGGUGUUUAUGCUGGUCUACGUCUAUUCCUAGCACUGUUGCUCAAAUUUCCAGCCUGUCACACAUUAUCAGAUAUGUCUGAUCAGUCCUUCUUUCAGUUUUUUAAGUGGAUUUAUCAAGAAAGAUACUUUGUUGGGCGUGGUCUUUAUGAGAAGAUGAGUGAUUAUUGUAGAUAUGUGAUCUUCUGGCUGGUGAUAUUUGGCUGCAAGUUUACCUUUGCAUACUUUCUACAAAUUCGACCCCUUGUCAGUCCUACCAGGAUCAUUCGACGUCUUCGCAUUAAUGAUUACUCUUGGCAUGAUUUAAUCUCAAAAAACAAUAACAAUGUGUUGACUAUAGUUAGCUUGUGGGCUCCUGUUGUGGCUAUUUAUCUCAUGGAUAUUCAUAUUUGGUACACCCUCAUGUCAGCAAUUGUUGGUGGUGUAAUUGGUGCACGGGCUCGGCUUGGUGAGAUACGUUCAAUUCAAAUGUUGCAUAAGCGUUUUGAGAGUUUUCCUGGGGCAUUUGUAAAAAAUUUGGCCUCUCCACAAGCAAAAAGGUUGCCCAUCAGUGGACAAUCAUCCCAGGAUUCUCAGGAUACAAACAAAUUGAAUGCUGCUAUGUUUGCUCCUGUUUGGAAUGAGAUAAUUAUAAGCUUGCGUGAGGAAGAUUUUAUUAGCAAUAGGGAAAUGGACCUACUUUCUAUUCCUAGCAACACUGGAAGUCUGAGAUUAGUUCAAUGGCCUUUGUUUCUUCUAAGCAGUAAGAUCCUGAUGGCGAUUGAUUUGGCUUUGGAUUGCAAAGAUACACAGACAGAUCUGUGGGGCAGGAUAUGUAAGGAUGAAUAUAUGGCUUAUGCAGUGCAGGAGUGCUAUUACAGCAUUGAAAAAAUUUUGUAUUCAAUAAUAGUUGAUCAUGAAGGAAGACUUUGGGUCGAAAGAAUAUUUCGUGAGAUCAAUGCCAGUAUAUCAGAAGGUUCACUUGUUAUAACCUUGUCUCUGAAGAAGCUACCACUUGCUUUAUCAAGAUUUACAGCAUUAACUGGACUCCUGAUUCGAAAUGACCCGGAACUUGCAAAAGGUGCUGCUAAGGCUGUGUAUGAAGUCUAUGAUGUUGUUACUCAUGACCUGGUUUCUUCAGAUUUAAGGGAGGCUCUGGAUACUUGGAAUAUUGUAGCUAGAGCUAGAGAUGAGGGACGCCUUUUUUCUAGGAUACGAUGGCCUGAUGAUCCAGAAAUUAAAGAGCUGGUGAAGAGGUUGCAUCUCCUUCUUACCGUAAAGGACUCUGCAGCUAAUGUUCCAAAGAAUCUUGAAGCCAGAAGAAGAUUACAGUUUUUCACAAAUUCUUUAUUUAUGAAGAUGCCUUCAGCAAAGCCUGUUAGUGAAACGUUGCCAUUCUGUGUUUUCACCCCAUACUAUAGUGAAACUGUGCUAUACAGUACUUCCGAAUUGCAAAAGGAGAAUGAAGAUGGGAUAUCUAUUCUUUUCUACCUUCAAAAGAUAUUUCCAGAUGAGUGGGAUAACUUUCUUGAAAGAAUUGGUCGGGGAGCAUCCACUGGAGAUGAUGAACUUCAAAAAAAUAGCAGUGACACUUUGGAGCUCCGUUUCUGGGCAUCUUAUCGUGGGCAGACUCUAGCUAGGACAGUUCGUGGAAUGAUGUAUUAUAGAAGAGCAUUAAUGUUGCAGAGCUUUCUGGAGAGCAGAUCACUAGGAGUGGACAAUUAUUCUCCAAAUAGCUUCAUCACAAGUCAAGGAUAUGAACUGUCACGUGAAUCACGAGCACAAGCUGAUUUGAAGUUUACUUAUGUUGUAUCAUGCCAAAUAUAUGGACAACAGAAACAGCGAAAGGCACCAGAAGCUGCUGAUAUUGCUUUGCUAUUACAGAGGAAUGAGGCACUGCGAGUUGCUUUUAUCCAUGCUGAUGAAAGUACAACUGAGGGAAAGACAACAAAAGUGUUUUAUUCAAAGCUUGUUAAAGCUGAUAUAAAUGGAAAAGAUCAGGAGAUAUAUUCUAUCAAACUUCCCGGGGAUCCAAAGCUAGGUGAAGGAAAGCCCGAAAACCAAAACCAUGCUAUAAUUUUCACUCGCGGUGAUGCUGUUCAAACUAUUGACAUGAAUCAGGACAAUUAUCUUGAGGAAGCAAUGAAAAUGAGGAACCUCCUUGAGGAAUUUCAUGCGAAUCAUGGCCUUCGCCCUCCAACUAUUCUUGGUGUGCGGGAGCAUGUUUUUACUGGAAGUGUUUCAUCCUUGGCUUGGUUCAUGUCAAAUCAAGAAACUAGUUUUGUAACCUUAGGCCAGCGUGUUUUAGCUACUCCUCUGAAAGUUCGCAUGCAUUAUGGACAUCCUGAUGUAUUUGAUAGGAUAUUUCACAUAACUCGAGGAGGCAUUAGUAAAGCAUCCCGUGUUAUUAAUAUUAGCGAAGACAUAUACUCAGGUUUCAACUCGACCCUGCGGUUGGGAAAUAUAACACAUCAUGAAUACAUUCAGGUUGGAAAAGGAAGGGAUGUUGGGUUGAACCAGAUUGCCCUCUUUGAAGGGAAAGUGGCUGGUGGUAAUGGAGAGCAAGUGCUUAGCAGGGAUGUUUACAGACUUGGACAACUUUUUGAUUUUUUCAGAAUGCUUUCCUUCUUUUACACAACUGUUGGUUUUUAUGUUUGCACUAUGAUGACCGUUCUCACUGUAUAUAUAUUUUUGUAUGGAAGAGCAUACCUGGCAUUCUCCGGUCUUGAUGAACACAUCUCGAGGGAAGCAAGGAUUUUGGGUAACACAGCACUUGAUGCAGCUCUCAAUGCACAAUUUUUGGUACAGAUUGGUGUUUUCACUGCAGUGCCAAUGAUAAUGGGGUUUAUACUUGAAUUAGGAUUGCUGAAGGCUAUUUUUAGUUUCAUCACAAUGCAACUUCAGCUAUGUUCUGUGUUCUUUACAUUCUCAUUAGGAACUAGAACUCAUUAUUUUGGGCGUACAAUUCUCCAUGGGGGUGCGAAAUAUCGGGCAACUGGCAGAGGGUUUGUUGUCCGUCACAUAAAGUUUGCUGAAAAUUACAGACUAUAUUCUAGGAGCCACUUCGUCAAAGCGCUGGAAAUAGCACUACUACUUAUAGUUUACAUCGCAUAUGCGUAUGCACAGGGAGGUGCUGUUACAUAUAUUUUGAUAACUCUAAGCAGUUGGUUCCUUGUCAUAUCCUGGCUUUUUGCUCCUUAUAUUUUCAACCCAUCUGGCUUUGAGUGGCAAAAGACUGUGGAAGAUUUUGAUGAUUGGACAAGUUGGCUUCUUUACAGAGGAGGAGUAGGAGUGAAGGGAGAUAACAGUUGGGAGUCUUGGUGGGAUGAAGAGCAGAUGCAUAUCCAAACAAUGAGAGGUCGGAUCUUGGAGACAAUUUUGAGUUUGAGGUUCUUCGUGUUUCAAUAUGGAGUUGUAUAUAAGCUACAUCUUACUGGAAAAGAUACAUCACUUGCAGUAUAUGGAUUCUCAUGGGUUGUCUUGGUCGUAGUUGUCUUGAUAUUUAAGAUCUUUACCUACAGCCCGAAGAAAUCUGCAGAUUUUCAGCUGGUAAUGCGUUUUUCUCAGGGAGUUGCAGCUAUUGGCCUUGUUGCAGCCGUGUGUCUUGUUGUUGCCUUUACAAAUCUGACAAUACCUGACCUUUUCGCAAGCAUCCUAGCAUUUAUCCCGACUGGAUGGGCAAUGCUAUCUUUGGCAAUUACUUGGAGGAGGAUAGUUUGGAGUCUAGGAUUGUGGGAUUCUGUGCGCGAGUUUGCAAGAAUGUAUGAUGCUGGAAUGGGAAUGAUCAUCUUUGUGCCAAUUGCGCUUCUAUCAUGGUUCCCAUUCAUUUCGACUUUCCAGUCUCGCCUUCUCUUCAAUCAAGCCUUCAGUCGUGGUCUCGAAAUCUCACUUAUCCUUGCUGGAAACAAAGCUAAUGUUGAGGCUUAACUCUCUCUACUCAUCUUUUAUUGCUUGUGAACCUCUGCGGAGGAUUUUAUAGUUCACAUGUAUAUUAUUUUGCAGUGCAGUGUGGACUUGGUUCCACAUUUAGUGUGAGAAUGUAUGAUCAUUCUUGGUGGGUUUCUCUUUGUAUUAUUAGUUAUUUAGUUUUGCAUAGUCUGCAGUUCAGUUCCCACCAAUAUUAGCAUAUUGUAUUGAUUAGUCUGUAAGUACGAAAUUAAAUAUAAUCUCCCAUAGUUUAACCACUCUUUUUACGUUGUUGCCA